UUUUCCAGUUGCAAUAAUUUCAAUAUAUUACUUAUAAAUAUAUACAAUUUCUAUGUGCUAUGGUUUGAUUUUCUGAUAACGGUUCGUCUCUCAUUCGUCCUUUUGUCAAGUCUUGCUUUAUUUGUUCUUGUUUUAUGAUCAAAUUUUCUUUUGUCUUAUUUUCUCGAGAAAAAUAUAGUUUUUUUUUUUGGCGAACGACAAAAAAAAUGCGUUGGGAAUUGAUUUAUUUUCCAAUUUUACGAAAAUUAAUAAAAAAGGCAAUAUUUGCCAUGUCAGCAGCAAUAUCCGUUGGUGUUUUUACUGGUCUGAAACAGAACAUUGGUCCUUUCGUCACUCCAUAGCCUCCUCCUCUGCUUUCUCCUUUCAAUGGAUUCUAACACAAUCUUCUUCUCUUCAAAAUUCCGAACCUCAACCGUCCAACCUUCUUCUCCAUUGUUUUCUUCAGCUAGCGGCCACCUAAUCAGCCGACAAUUCCUUGGUUUCACCUACACUCUCAGGCCUUCUCUCAGAAAGAAACACAAAAACUUGGGGUAUAUACGCCUCCGAUCGCCUCACUUUAUCGUCAGAGCUUCUAUCGACUCCAAUUUUGUUCUCGUUGUUAUCGGCGUCGCCUCAUUAUCUACUUUAUCUCUUGCUUGCUACAAUCAGUUUUCUAGAAAGAGCGAGACUUCGAGAAAAGUAUCUGGUUCCUCACGAGGUUUACCUCAACAACUAGGAGGAAAAGAUGUGGUGAUCUCGACUGCUGACAGUCAGAUUAUUGUCAUCGGGGAUCUUCAAAGGGAGACCUUUGUAAAAGAAAAGAAUGGUUUAACAGAGAAAAUGAGGGAAGUGACCGAUGCUUCCGGAAGUCAAGAGGCGCUUUCACAGUUUCAGGAAACUACCGUGGUGAAUGAUGAUUCCAUGUUGGUGAAAGCAUCGGAGUCAAAUGGUGCUGAUUGUCUUGCAUUUAAUGCUAAUGAUUCUGAUUUUUCUGAAGAAUCUGGAACUACAGAUCUACCUCGUCCACCUACUGUGCUAUUUGAAUCAGGAGCAGUUCAGCCGCUUAUGUUUGCAACAGAAAUGUCUGAACUUCAUCUGGAAGAAUUUGAACGAGUAAAUGAAUUUGAAGCUGAUUUCCCUAGACUAGCUGUAGAGCCUUCUUCAGUUCUUAUAGAAGAUGUUUGUCUUAUAGAAGAUGUUGAUGUCCUUGUUGGAGAAGGAGAAGUUACCAGACAUUAUGACAUAUUCAGAGAAUCUGUCAGAGAAGAGCUUCACACCUUUUAUGAGGCUGACCAAUUGGUUGCAAAAUCUUCUACAAACUUCAAUGGUCUAACUCUGAAAGCAGCAUCUUCUCAUGUCUUCUCCCCAAAUACCAAAAGUUUUUCUUCACUGAAGCAGAAUAGUGUACUAAACAAGUCCCAGUUAUCAGUGAAGAACCGUCUCCAAACUGCAGAUAUGGUUGAAGGAAAAGUAACUCAGGCAUAUUCCAAAAGAGGUUUUUCUCAUGAAAGAAAUGACAUUGGAAGGGGUAGGGAAUCUUCAAGAGAAAAUGACAAAAGACACUUGAUUCAGGAGGAGGAUGCAAAGUUUCCCCAGUUUCCCUUCCCAAAUAGAAUGCUUGCUAAUAACAAGCACCAUCCUGAAGAGCAUCUCAGUUCUUACAAUCAUUUACUAAGAAAUGGAAGGUUAAGUGACUGUGUAGAUUUGCUUGAAGAUAUGGAACAAAGGGGUUUACUGGAUGUGAAUAAGGUUCAUCAUGCAAAGUUUUUCAAAAUCUGCAGUAGGAAUAAGGCUGUUAAAGAAGCUUUCCGCUUCACAAAGCUGAUUCGAAACCCAACCUUGAGUACAUUUAAUAUGCUGACAUCUGUAUGUGCAAGUUCUAAAGAUUCAGAGGGAGCCUUUGAAGUUUUGCGACUUGGCCAGGAAGCUGGGUUCAAAGCUGAUUGUAAACUUUACACUACAUUAAUAUCUACAUGUGCCAAAAGUGGAAAGGUUGAUACAAUGUUUGAGGUAUUUCAUGAGAUGGUUAAUUCUGGAGUGGAACCUAAUGUUAACACAUAUGGAGCACUGAUUGAUGGUUGUGCCAGAGCUGGGCAAGUGGCCAAAGCAUUUGGUGCUUAUGGAAUAAUGAGAUCUAAGAAUGUAAAGCCUGACCGAGUUGUAUUCAAUGCACUUAUCACUGCAUGUGGUCAAUCUGGAGCAGUGGAUCGUGCUUUUGAUGUGUUAGCUGAAAUGAUGGCUGAAACACAGCCUAUAGAGCCUAACCACAUCACUUUUGGUGCAUUGAUUAAGGCAUGCUCAAAUGCUGGUCAGGUUGAUCGGGCAUGGGAAGUAUACAAGAUGAUGCAUGAAUUUAACAUCAGGGGCACUCCAGAAGUUUAUACAAUUGCAGUUAAUUGUUGCAGCCAAACUGGUGAUUUGGAGUUUGCAUGCAGUGUCUAUAGUGACAUGAAAAGGAAAGGUGUGGCUCCUGACGAGGUGUUUAUCAGUGCAUUAAUAGAUGUUGCAGGGCAUGCUGGAAAGCUGGAUGCUGCUUUCAAAAUCCUGCAGGAAGCAAAGAAUGAGGGGAUAAAUAUUGGGAUUGUGUCAUAUAGUUCAUUGAUGGGAGCUUGCAGCAAUGCUAGAAACUGGCAGAAGGCACUGCAGCUGUAUGAGGAUAUAAAGGCUGCUAAACUAAAGUUAACAGUUUCUACACUCAAUGCUUUAAUUACUUCCUUGUGCGAAGCAGAUCAGCUUCUGAAGGCUAUGGAAGUUUUAUCGGAGAUGAAGGAGUUGGGACUGUGUCGAAAUACUAUCACAUACUCCAUACUUUUGGUGGAAAGUGAAAGAAAGGAUGAUCUUGAAGUAGGGCUCAUGCUCCUUUCUCAGGCAAGAAAAGAUGGGGUUGCACCUAACAUUGUUAUGUCUAGAUGCAUAAUUGGCAUGUGCUUGCGAAGAUUUGAGAAAGCUUGUAUGGUUGGUGAGCCUGUUUUGUCCUUUAAUUCAGGACAACCACAUAUUGAGAACAAAUGGACGUCAGUAGCCCUGGCAGUCUACCGUGAAACUAUUGUUGCUGGUACAGUACCUACCGUGGAAAUUGUUUCAAAAAUCUUAGGAUGUUUGCAGCUCCCUCGUGAUGAUUCUUUGAAAAGUAGGCUUGUUGAGACCCUGGAAGUUAGUGCUGAUUCAUCAAGACGCUCUAGCCUCAGUUCACUGAUAGAUGGAUUUGGCGAAUAUGAUCCUGGUGCUUUUUCAUUACUUGAGGAGGCUGCUUCAUUUGGGAUUGUUCCAUGUGUAUCCUUCAAAGAAAGUCUUAUUGUUGUAGAUGCAAGAGAGUUGCAAAUUAAUACAGCAGAGGUUUACCUCUUAAUUAUAUUGAAAGGUCUCACGUAUCGGCUUGCUGCUGGUGCAAAAUUACCUAGUAUAUCUGUCUUACUGCCCAUGGAGACGACACAAAUCUUGACCUCUGAAGGGGAGAAAUCAAUUAAUCUUACUGGAAGGGUUGGCCAGGCAAUUGCUGCAUUAUUGAGAAGGAUUGGACUACCAUACCAAGGGAAUGAAUACUAUGGAAAAAUCAGAAUCAAUGGCCUUGCAUUACAAAGAUGGUUUCAACCAAAGCUGAUUGUUUCUCCUUUCUGUGGAAAACCAGGAGAGUGGAAUGCCUCCCAAAUGCGAUUGGGAAAAAGAAUCUCCCAUCAGCAACGCAACAUUCGAACUGGCAAUCUGUCUUUGGAUUAAGAGUAGAAUCUUCGGAACUGGCAACAUGGAAACAACUUGGAAGAAAUACUUGUGUUACCUCAAACAUAAGCUGAUCCUCUUUAGCAAUUUAAUCAAUGACUUCCACUUUCAUGCACCUGACUAUCCUCCGGUUGCUAACUUGGAAUCCAAGGAAACUGCAAAGAAAAGUCAGAAGCUCCCUUUUCGAAUGGAACAGUGAAUCUGAUCUAAUGGUCAUUUUGUGUAAACAGGGUGGUGGCUGGUGAGGGAUUUCAAUGUACAUGCAGAUGCUUUAUGAAUCAACCUUCGAUGUCCAAUGCAGAUUCAAGGACGGACCUUAAGUCAGUCCUCAAGGUUAAUAAGAACCGUACGAGGGUUGUUACAUCAAGUUAUGUAUGCCACUUUGUAAAAUAUUCUACACAUAAAGGCAAAAGAAAAAAAAAAAAACAAAUCAAAGAGACGUGAAUGUAUUUCGAAUAAGUACUUGUUAAUAAAAACAAAGUUGAGCUCUUCCCUUUGUUAACUGAGGAAUGAAACCAGUGCUGGAAGCUGGUGAAUUUGUGAUUUAACUUCCCAGCUUUUCCCAUUUCCAUGGCACAAUCUGUGUGUUAACAUACUCGCA